CAUCUGGCAUCUUACAACCUCACCACCAACCUUCCUACAAUCCAACUCACUCACCGCAACACACGAACGAUAUCGAACCUUUCUUCCAAAUAACUUUCGAACAACCUACAAUCACAAUGGCAAGCGCAGGAGAUAGGCCCUAUGAUCCCUACAUCCCGACCGAGCCUGCGGCUGGAGGAGCAGCUGGAGGUCAAGGUGCGCCCGGUAACCAAAGAACGGCGGCAUUACAAGCACAAAUCGAUGACACAGUCGGUGUGAUGCGCGAGAACAUCAACAAGGUGUCUCAGCGUGGUGAACGUCUCGACUCCCUCCAAGAUAAGACCGACAACCUGGCUGUAUCCGCUCAAGGUUUCCGUCGGGGUGCCAACAGAGUCCGCAAGCAGAUGUGGUGGAAGGACAUGAAGAUGAGAAUGUGCUUGAUUGCUGGAAUCAUCAUCUUGCUUAUUGUCAUCAUUGUACCUGCUGUUGUGGCCACCAAACAUUAGAGUGGAGGCGAAGAAAGCGAGAGAAAGUCGUUGGUUUACGAGCUCUUACGGUUACAUAGUGCUGCAGGAACGCUGGGAACCUCUGGUCUUGUCUGCAUGAUACACUCGCUGGCUUCGAGCAAGCAGGAUCAACGAAGGUUUUAGCGU